ACAAGAGGGCACGCAUCUGUCCUGCUGAGCACAUGAUCUAAAAUUAUGGGAUUGUGGUGGUUUGCAGGGUUUUCAGUUUUUAAAGGAGAUUGCAAGGACCACUGGAAUUCCACUUUAUUGUUAUAGCUUAAAAUAACUGUAAUUAUUUUCUUUCUUAUUUUCUUCUUCUUGGUUCUGAGGGUAACCUGGGAAGAGGCUGAUUUUGCUGGAAGUUAUUUACCAUGGAUAUGGGUAGGAUUAUUGUCAGCAUUGGGAAAAGAAUUAGACCCACUAAAGAGGGAUUAAGGAACAACUGGUUCCCCUAGAAAAAAGGAGCCAGACAACAAAACUGUGGGGUCUGGUUUGUGAUCUCCUGUAGAUGUGGAAGGAAAUAGAGUGGAAAGAAUCACGGGGUGUUUUGUUGGUUGAGAAGAAAAGCUGCACAUUGUGAUAGCAAAGGUGCAACCAAUUGACCUUCUGGUGCAUUCAACUGAAAUAGGUAGUGUCGGGUAAUUGAUUAACUCAACAGGUUUGUGUCUCCUACAGAUCUUUGUGGCCCAUGGACAGAGGCACUCUACCUAGAACUGGGAUUAUAGGUUUGAAGCAGUGCUGGGGGGAGGGAGGUUGGGAAGGACAGGGGUAUGACCAGGGCUGUUCUGACAACAGGAAGAUGCUCUGGGGUGCUACUUGCCAAGCUGACAGUGGAUCGUGUCUUCCAGAACACACCAAGGUAGCAGAUUCAGAACCCCAAGACGAUGGAUGAAGUCAAGAUUUCACCUAAAAACAGCGAUAAUGGCUUGGCAAACCCAGCAUUUGAGGCUACAGAAUCAGACACCAAUGGAAUGGGCAAAGUCAAGAUUUCAUCUAAAAACAGUCAUAAGGGCUUGGCAAACCCAGCAUUUGAGCUUAUGGAAUCAGAGACAAAUGGAAAGGAAGCAGCAUCUCUUGAGUUUGGGGAAGAAAAUCCUGUGCAGGACAGUCGUUUCGGGAGGUUCAAGAACGUGACUCAACCUUUCUCUAAAGUAAAGGGAUUUUGCAAGGCUCAUCGUGAAUUACUCCACAAGAUCUUCUUAGGCAUCUUAUGUGCAGGCUACCUGGCCUACUUCAUUGCUGCUUGUUACCUGGACUACCAACGAGCCUUGGCACUGAUCAUUUUAACAUGCCUGGUCCUUGCUUUCCUGGGUUAUAGCACAGUCAAAAAAUAUUUGGGAGCCAAGAUUAUCCAGAUGUUGAGCCCCUGCAUGAAAUGCUGUCAGAAGGCCUGGCCGUGGUUGAAAUGGGUUUUGUGUGCCAUUAUUCUAAUUGCUUUGAUCACAUGGCUGGUUCUGGACGUGUCCCAAAGGAAAGAACAGCUGGUCUCAUUGGGUGGCUUCUGUGUGCUGAUCUUCUUGUUAUUUCUCUUCUCCAAGCAUCACAUGGCUGUACCCUGGAGUGCUGUGUUAUGGGGCCUUGGUCUACAAUUUGCCCUUGGACUUUUCAUCAUCCGAACAGAACCUGGAUUUCAGGCUUUCCAAUGGCUGGGCAAUCAGAUUCAGGCAUUUCUCAACUACACGACGGCAGGAUCCAGCUUUGUCUUUGGCGAUAAACUGAUUCAAGAAAUUUUUGCCUUUCAGGUACUGCCUAUUAUUGUCUUCUUCAGUUGUGUGAUGUCCAUCCUCUACUACUUGGGAGUCAUGCAGUUUAUAAUCCUGAAGUUGUCCUGGCUCCUGCAAAUCACAAUGGGUACAGCGGCCACCGAAACUCUGAGCGUGGUGGGGAAUAUAUUUGUGGGGAUGACCGAAGCACCAUUGCUCAUCCGUCCCUACCUGGGGAAUAUGACACGCUCAGAAAUCCAUGCUGUGAUGACCGGUGGCUUUGCUACCAUUGCUGGUAGUGUGAUGGGCGCAUACAUUUCAUUUGGGAUUGAUGCCUCGUCUCUGAUGGCAGCUUCAGUAAUGGCGGCACCUUGUGCUUUAGCUAUGGCCAAACUUGUCUACCCAGAAGUGGAAAAAUCUCGAUUCCAAAGCCAGGAAGGCAUCAAAAUUGCCCGCGGGGAGGAAAAGAAUAUUCUGGAAGCUGCUGGUAAUGGAGCCUCUGUCUCUGUGGGGCUGGUGGCCAACGUUGUAGCCAACCUCAUUGCCUUCCUGGCUUUGCUGGCAUUCAUCAACGCUGCCCUCAGUUGGCUAGGAGGCAUGGUCAACGUGCCCCAACUCUCCUUCCAGGUAUCUCCCACAAGACCCCCUCCCCCAAGUUGUUUGUGA